GUCCACCAUCAGGCACAAAGCAGCUCUCACCCAAAACCAGCCGACGCUUGCACACUCUUUCACCAUGAUGACGGGCACAGCACAUAGAUGCACCACAGUCUCUGUCAAGUUUACACCGAGCCCCUAAGAAGGAGGUCACCGAAAGAGAAGCCACAGAAAAAAAGCUAGACAAAAGUCUGAAUCCCUUGUUUUCAAAGUAAAAAAACCAGAAGGAGGGAAGAACAGAGGGAGGGGGAAAAAGACGGGAUAAGAAAAGGAGGGGGAGUCCAUGGAAAAGGAGAGCACGUUAAACCCAACUCAGAGAGAGGUGACAGGAGGAGGGAGAGGAAGAGUGAGAAGAGAGGAGACGACCGUGUGCAGGAGAGUUGAGUACGAGAGAAGGAUUGCGAGCUGGACAUGGGUCUGUGUGCCGUGCUGUUGAUCUGUCUCUCGCAGGCAGAGCUGACCAGAGUGUGGGCUCAGGAGCAGAGAGGUAUACUACAUGGGCAGACAGCACAGGCUGAUGGAGCUCCAUCAGACAUCCGAAGAACAAGGAGAGGCCAACAGGAUCCCAGUAGACACACUCAGAACAGAACUGGACAAGAGACGUCCAAUGGCCUGUCUAUUGACACACUCCCUGACAACAUGACAAGAGUGGUGGAGGACUCUCAGAAGUACUACUCCUGGCAUAGUUUUGGUCCUGGUGACAAACGAACGCAGCAGCUCUGGGUCGAUCUUGAUUCGGUCCAUCAAGGACCUGUCAGAGUGCAUGGUAUUUUGUCCAACACACACCGACAAGCAUCGCGGGUGGCACUAACCUUUGACUUUCCAUUCUAUGGACAUCAAGUGAGACAAAUCACCAUAGCAACUGGAGGGUUUAUUUUCACUGGAGAGAUCACACAUCGAAUGCUGACGGCGACCCAGUAUAUUGCUCCACUCAUGGCAAACUUUGACCCCAGUUUUUCUAAAAACUCCACUGUACGGUAUCUGGACAAUGGUGAUGUGUUCGUGGUGCAGUGGGACAAGGUGAGGCUGAAAGAUCGAGAGAUGGAAGGAGCUUUCACAUUCCAAGCUGUUCUCCAUCGUAACGGGACCAUUGUCUUUGGCUACAAAGACGUUCCGGUGCUUGUGGAGAAAAUCAACUCUACAGAGCACCCAGUAAAAGUGGGACUGUCUGAUGCCUUUAUGGCUUCUCUCUCUUCUCCACAGUCUCCAGCAGAUAAUAGGCGAAGGACUAUUUACGAAUACCAUCGGGUGGAAAUUGACACAACAAAGAUCGUCAGUAGAUCAGCAUUUGAGUUUAGCCCCUUACCUACCUGCCUCCAGCACACUACCUGUGGACAAUGUAUCCAGUCUAACGUAACAACAGGCUGUGGGUGGUGCAAUACUCUACAAAGAUGUUCAGAUGGUAUAGACAGAUACAGGCAGGAAUGGCUGGACUACAGUUGCUCUGAGGAGGCAAAAGGCACAUGUGAAGAUUAUGCUCAGGGAGGACUAGAGAGUUCAAUCAGCCCUUUUACUUCUUCACCACCACCGGCCACUCCCUCCGCUGCAGCCCGACCAGCCAGUCCUGUGACUGAGGAUGACACCAAACUUCUCUUUCACCACCAUGGCAAUGGUGAGAGUGAGGAUGAGGCCCCAGAACACACAGUGAUAAUUGCAGGUGUAGUUGCAGCUCUGGUUCUGCUGGUGUUCCUGACUCUGUUGGCUGUCUACUACAUUAACUCACAUCCAACUGUCGCUCCUCCUUUUUACCUCAUGCAGCGCCGCACUAAUAACUAUUGGCCCUCCAUGAAGUUCCGGAACCAAGGAUGCCAUUCUAGCUACAAUGAGGUUGAACUUGGGGUUUACGAGAAAGAGGGCUUCAUUGAGGCAGAGCAGUGCUGAGGAUGCGGGACUUCCUACGCACGCGAUGAACUAAACGAAUAUUACAUAUGUGUAAUAGGGUUUUUUUGCUGAUUGAUUUUAGGAACAAAGACAAAGGUGCAAUGAGAGGCUGUUCAAUUGAGGGAUCAUUUGAGACUGUCAUUAAGUCCAUCCUGCAACACCUCUUAUGCUGUUUGAUUGUGAUAAAGGAGGUUUCAUUUGUUGAAAGAGGAACAAAUCGCAACAAAGAAAUGGUGAUUGUGACCAGCAAAUCUGCUAAUUUCACUCCUUAAUUGUGAGAAUGAGAUGUCUGUUAUUACAAACGUAUUGCAGUUAAUGUACAGUACAGCAUAUCUUUAUAGAUUUUUCAUUUUGAAAAAAAUAUUUUGUGAUUUAUAUGUUCAGUGGAAAAAGAUGCAAAAUACUCAGUUAGCCAAAUGGACUUGACAGCACUUUAAUUGAAUUAGUUUACUCUAGUAUAAGUGAUUUGUCAUACCACACACUUACAUUUUUGCCUUGUUAUUGAAUUAUGAAACAGAAUAUAAAUUUGCACAUAAAAUAUUGAUGGAAAGCACAAACAAGCAGACUACAACACUAAAUUUGGAAAGAAAAUUGUAUUGUUUUAUUUAGUGUUUUGGCCAAGUGAAAAUGGACUGUAUUUCCAGACAAAAAACUGUCUGCCUGCUAUGUUACACUUGUUACAUUUGUGGAAUUAAUGUAAAAAUGUGUUUUACUGCUGAGCUAUGAACAAAUGGUCAGAAAUGACAAACCCUUGUGGCCAAAUACAAUGCAAAGUUAGUGAAUUUCUAUUGCGUUUAGAGGAAUAGUUUACCCAAAAAUACAAAUUAUCUAAUUUACUCACCCUCACGCCAUCCCAGAUGUGUAUGACUUUUUUUCUUCUGCUGAACACAAAGAUUUUUAUAAGAAUAUCUCAGCUCUGUAGGUCCAUACAAUGCAAGUGAAUUGUGAGCAGAACUUUGAAGCACCAAAAUCAUAUAAAAGCAGCAUAAAAAUAAUCCAUAAGACUCUAGUGGUUAAAUCCAUAUAUUCAGUAGCGUGAUUAGGGUGGGUGUGAAACAGAUCAAUAUUUAAGUCCUAUUUUACUAAAUACAUUUCCACUUUCACUUACAUAUUCUUCUUUUGUUUUUGGCAUUCUUCAUGCAAAUCACCACCUUCUGGGCAGGCAGGAGUGUUUAUAGUAAAAAAAAGACUUAAAAGGAAUAUUUCGGUUUCAAGAUAAGUUAAGAUCAAUCGACAGCAUUUGUGGCAUAAUAUUGAUUACCCAUUCCUUUAAAAAUGUAUCUGUUUCUCAAUCACACUUCUAAUAUCACUUCUGACGACAUUGAUUAAACCACUAGAAUCAAAUGGACUACUUUUAUGCUGCCUUUAUGUGCUUUUUGGAGCUUCAAAUUUUCGAUCACCAUUCACUUACAUUGUAAGGACCUACAGAGCUGAGAUAUUCUUCUAAAAAUCUUUUAUGGUCAGCAGAAGAAAUAAACAUCUGGGAUGGCAUGAGGGUGAGUAAAUGAUGAGAGAAUUUUCAUUUUUGUGUGAACUUUUCCUUUAAUAUCAUUGCAAUGUUACAUUCUGACCUUAUAGUGAAUCAUUAAAAAUCAAAUGAGAUGUUUUGAAUAAUGUGUAGCCUUUUCUUUGAUAAGCACAAUAUAUGAUGAGUCUGAAAAAGUGAUGUAAUUAACCAAAAGAGCACACAGAAAAGGUCUGCAACCCUACCCGGGGCCGACGGGAACCAGAAACCAAUGGGUCCGGAUUUGGGUCAGUUGUUCAAUAGGACAUGGGGUUCGGGUCGUGUUCGGGUUUGUAUUUAAUUAAAAAAUAUGCAGGCUUACCUAACUCUCACUCACAAACAGGCGUGAACGGACGAGUUAUGGGCCCUUCACACCAAAGGUAUUUUUGUGCAGGUCUGUUCUGUUUUCCUAUGUCUUUGUCAUUUGACACUUUUCAGUCCUGCUCUAGUGUAGCGAGGGGCUGCUGUGCCUUGUUAAAACUGUGUAGGCCUAUGUUUACUGUUAAAUACACACUAUUGCAACAGUAGGCCUACUUGCUAGGAGAAGAAAUUAGAUAGUGAGCGAUAUCGGCUUAAAAUCUGAUGGUAUCGUUCGGGCCGGGUAGGUUCGAGCCACACGGUAUCGGGUACGGGUCGGGCCCGUGCAGAAGGUGAUCAACAGCAACACCUACAGGCCGUUAUUAGAUCCUGCAGUUGGUGUUGGAUGGUUGGCAGUAACCAAUUUCUGUGCUAUAAUAUGUGCUAUAAUAGUUUUAUAAACUUGA